AUGAGACCUUUGAAGCUCUUUCUUCUCUUCAUUUUUGUCUUCGUUGCUCUGAAACCAACACAAGAAGCUCGAGACUUUAUCUGUGUGGUCCUUGACAACACCUCCAACACCCCCUGCAACAGAUUCAAGGAUGAGAUCGGAUCUGAAUUCGCUGUGGAAACUUUAUCAACCGCUUCUGACUUCGUCUUGGAGACGUUCAAUCAAAGCAACGGUGGGGGAAGAGGCUACUCCACGGUGCUUGCGAUCAUCGAGAGCUUCGUUGCUAAUGGAUAUCCCCCCACCAUCGCAACCAACAACGGUAACCAAUUCCGAGUGGACGCAGACUACCUCCAAGCAUAUGUCGGUGACGUGAAGGCCGAGUUCACGGGGAUUGUAUACCACGAAAGCGCUCGCGUAUGGCAAUGGACAGGCAGUGAUACUGCCCCCAUUGGCCUUAUCACAGGCAUUGCCGACUACAUCCGGUUGAACGCGAGAUGGCCAUCAAAGUAUUGGCCGCCGAGAGGGUCUGGUUCCAGAUGGGACGAUGGGCAUGCCGUGACGGCAUAUUUCCUGGAGUUUUGCAGCGGGAAGAGGCGUGGGUUCGUGUCGGACCUCAACGCAAUGAGGGAGAGUUUGUACUCCGAUGCGUUUUUCGUGAUUAUUCUUGGUCAGUCUGUGGAUGAAUUAUGGGAGGAGUAUAUCAUGUUACAGUAUGAGACCACUGUCCCCGCACCAGCAUUAGCACCGGAGCAUGCGUACUGA